GGCCCUCGGUUGCUAAGAGGCAGAGAACGCCUGAUUGAACGCUAGAAAUACACCGCAGGUAAAAGCAAUGCCUCACACCUGUGUCGUCACUCGUACGCGUAUUAACGGAUCUACUUUAGCUAGUCAUUUCUGUACCGGAGGACUAUUCGGUGGAUAUUUCUGCUCCGGGCGGUACAACAGAAAAGCAUGCUUACAAAGAUAUUUUGUUACUUUAACGGUUAACGGUUACUCCCCCCCCCCUCUGGAUAACAAUGGCCGCCGAGUGUACUGAAGAGGCGAUUCUGGACUUUGUGAAGGAGAACGGGGGCAAAGUGAAAAACACGGAUUUAAUUGAGCAUUUUAAAGUCGUGUUCCCGGAGGACCCGGAGAAGAGAACGGCCGUCCGUAUGAAAUUUAAAAGCUACGUUGACCGCAUUGCGUAUGUGAAAACUGAGAGCGGAGUUAAAUAUGUCUGUCUGAGAAAACAGUUUCGCGGGUCAGAGAAGGAGAAUGGCACGGAGAGAGAUUUAAACCAAGAGAGGCUAAUUAAGCCGUAUAAUCCGGACCGAGCAGGCGGCAGAGACGCAGCAGCAGGCGGGGAGGUGCAACGGCAAACCCUACCUGGCUCAGGUUACGGAUGUGACAGCCAGGUGAGAGUUCCGCAUGCUUUCUCCACUGCUAAAACUAUUUCCCCGGACAAAACCGACGACAAGAGUCGGUGUCAUGGGUCUGUUUGUGUAGUGGAAGAGGCGGACAGCCACUCAGGGGAGAUGGGAAACAGAGGAAGCCUCCGCAGAGAGCAGAGGGAGUCCAAGAAGGAGCGUGUUGGGAAAGCUCCUCCUCGCAUACCAGAGGUUGCGGUGCCUGAAGCUUCGGCUCUCCCCGCAGCAGAGGGACCGGUGUUCAACCUGCCCGGGCCUGCACAAACCGGUCCUACAGGACCGGAGCAGGCAGCUGGACUCGGUCCCAGAGACACACCUGCCACCGAGUCUCUCUCACGAGAAGAAGCAGGGCAGAUUCCGAACUCUAAAAAAGAGGAUACACACAGUGUGUCUGGGAGUGAAGGAAGACCCGUCCUGCAGGUCACGAUGGACCGCUCCCCGCAGGUGAGGCGCAGCGGUGUGUUCCGCAGCUCAGCGCGCAUGUCCUCUCGAAACGACAGCGAUACCGCCUCCGUGGUCUCCUCCAACCCGGACGACGACAGGGCCCCGGCCACUCUGGACCCGCUGGAACACGAGUGGAUGCUGUGCGCUUCAGACGGCGAGUGGGCCAACUUGUACCAGCUCCUCGCCACGGAGCCCAGCCUCGUCCUGAGAAAGGAUUUCGUCACGGGCUUCACGUGCCUGCACUGGGCGGCCAAGCAGGGCAAGCCGGAGCUCAUCGCACUCAUCAUCAACUUCGCCAAACAGCACAGCGUCCCCGCGAGUGUCGACGUCCGGUCGAGCAGCGGCUACACGCCGUUGCACGUCGCCGCCAUGCACGGCCACAUGGAGGUGGUGAAGCUGCUGGUGGGCGCCUACAGCGCGGACGUGGACGCCCGAGACUACAGCGGGAGGAAGCCCUGCCACUACCUCACGGACAACGUGAGCAUGGACAUACGGGACAUCGUCGGAGCGUACGAGCGCUCUGACGCGGAGGACGAAGGCCCCAGGGAUGCAGGAAGACGCUGGAGCGUCUCCAGGGUUCUCCAGUCUCACCUGAAGCCGCUCGGCGACUCUGUGGACGGGGGGGUCGCACCCAGAGAGAAACCCCUCAGGAGGAAGUCCUCGCUUUACAGGAUGAAGCCCAAACUGCAGAAGCUCCGCUCGAGGACGUCACAAAUCGUCCACAGCACGUCGUUCCGGGGCACAGAGGAGCUGGACGGGUCCGCGAAGGCUUCCUUUAAAUCCAGACCCAAGACGCAUUUCUUUGGUUGAGAUCAUCAUUGUAGAGCUAAUCGCCAGUGCCACACAGAUGCAGAAUUAUGCAGACUUUCCGUAGAUUUUAAACAAAUUAAAAAAA